AUGAAUAUGUGCUUUGCGUGCGGGUCGGUGGUUGCCGCUCGCAGGGUGUUCGACGAGAGGCAGGCCAGGGAUGUGGUUGCAUGGACGGGCAUGGUGUCCGGUUACGUGGACUCCCGGAUGUACUUGAAAGCUAUUGAGGUCUUUCAGGAGAUGAGAGUUGCUGAUGAUCUCGUUUGGCCUAAUGUAGCAAGUGUGGUGUCGGUUGCUUCUGCCUGUGCCGGGCUGGGCUCCCUGGAGUAUGCUGAGGGGCUGCAUGCAUAUGUGGAGAAGGUGGGCAUGGAAGAGGAGUUGAUUGUCAGGAAUACAUUCAUGGACGGCGAUGAUUUCAGGGCUGGCUUCACAUGGUCAAGCCAUGCUGGAUUGGUGGAUGAGGGGAUAAAUAUCUUCAGUUCCAUGGAGAGCAAGUACAGUGUCUCUCCGGACAUCAAGCACUAUGGCUGCAUGGUGGACCUUUUCAUCAGGGCAGGGCUUAUUUCUCGUGCUUACGAAUUCAUUAGCACUAUGCCUUUUGAGCCAAACUUGGCAAUUCUUGGGGCCCUGCUGAGUGCAUGCAGUAUCAAUAAUGAAUUAGAGAUUGGGAACUAG